CUUGGAGGACUUGGUGGCCAUGGAGUUGGGCGAGCUGCUCUACAACAAGUCCGAGUACAUCGAGACGGCCUCUGGGAACAAAGUUAGUCGCCAGUCGGUGUUGUGCGGAAGUCAGAACAUCGUUCUCAAUGGCAAGUUUAUUGAUUUUUAGAGAGAGAGGAAGGAAAAGGGAGAGAGAAAUAUCAAUGUGAGAGUGCAAUAUUGAUCAGCUGCCUAUUGGAGAUUGAAUCCACAACCUAGGCAAGUGCCCUUGACAGGGAAUUGAACCAGCAACCUCCUGGUGCACAGGACGAUGCCCAACCAACUGAGCCACACUGGCCAGGGCUCUUUUCACUUUCUUGAUGAUGCUCUUUGAUGCACAAAAGUUUUUAAUUAUGAUGAAGUCAAAUUUAUCUAUUUUUUUUUUUCUUUUGCUCAAGGUUUUGCUAUCAUAUCUAAGAAUCCCAUACCCAAGAUCACAAGAUUUACUCUUAUAUUUUUUUCUAAUAGUUUUUUGGUUUUAGCACUUGUGUUUAGGUUGUUGAUGCAUUUUUUUUUUUUUGGUUUGUUUUGUUGUUAAUUCUCACCCUAGAAUAUUUCUUCCAUUAAUUUUUAAAGAGAGUGGAAGGGAGGGGGAGAGACAGAGAGACAUUGAUGUGAGAGAGACACAUCUAUUGGUUGCCUCCCCCUUGCUCCUACUGGGGCUGAGGAUGAAGCCUGCAACCGAGACCAUUGUGAUGAAUGACUGUAUUAUCCGAGGGGAUCUGGCAAAUGUAAGAGUUGGACGUCAUUGUGUUGUGAAAAGUCGGAGUGUCAUAAGGCCACCGUUCAAGAAAUUCAGCAAAGGGGUUGCAUUCUUCCCUUUACAUAUUGGGGACCACGUUUUUAUUGAGGAAGAUUGUGUGGUCAACGCGGCUCAGAUUGGCUCUUACGUUCAUGUUGGCAAGAACUGUGUGAUUGGGCGCCGGUGUGUGUUGAAAGACUGCUGCAAAAUUCUUGACAACACAGUACUACCCCCAGAAACGGUGGUCCCACCAUUCACUGUCUUCUCAGGCUGCCCAGGACUCUUCUCGGGGGAGCUUCCAGAAUGUACCCAGGAGCUGAUGAUUGACGUCACCAAGAGCUACUACCAGAAGUUUUUGCCCCUGACUCAGGUCUAAUGUGUCUGUCUCAUGUUGAAUUCGCUUGAGCUCUAAGAUGAACUUGGGGACAAAGUGAGCCAGUCAGCAUCUACAAAGAGCUCUUAUGUCUUUGACACCUUCUACCCAUCCUUUUUUAUUGUUGUUGGGUUUUCUGUUUAAUUCUUCUGAAUUUCUCAAUCAUCCUCGGCUCUGAGCUCUUAAGACUUUAAUAAUAGACCAUCUGGAGGAGUUGUCUCCAAAAGUUCUGCUUAAACCGUACCUAUUAACAGUCACUUCAUACCAUUAUCUGUGGGACACAGACUCACCUGUUCGUAGCACUCCCACUCGGUCCUGUGGAUGGCUGGGUACUGCUGAGACAGGCUGCAGAGCAGGCACUCUGUCCAGCAUGGCAGUCAUGAAGCCAGUGUGCUGCUGUGGCCAUGAAUUCCCCGCUGUGAGACCCAUCACAUGGGUCGCUCCCAGCUUUCCUAUCACUAACACAUUUGGCCAGUUGCUGCAAUUGCUCGUAAUCGUGAAGAAGAAGUGUUUGUGGCUUUUCAGGGCCCCGAUUCCUAUUGGCUACUGAAACAUAAAAGGAGGGGUGGUUAAUAUUUCUCUGCUUUCCCAAAUGACCUGAACUGUCAUUUUUGGAAAAAAAAUUUUUUUAUUGAUUUCAGAGAGGAAGAGAGAGGGAGAUAGAGAUAGAAACAUCAAUGAUGAGAGAUAAUCAUUGAUCGGUUGCCUCCUGCACGCCCCCCACUGGGGAUCGAGCCUGCAACGGGGCAUGUGCCCUUGACUGGAAUCAAACCCGGGACCCUUCAGUCCGCAGGCCGAUGCUCUAUCCACUGAGCCAAACCGGCUAGGGUCUGAACUGUCAUUUUAACCAAGGGUGACUAAGAAAAGACUUUCUAGCAUUCUGUUGUAGGGCCAUUGGCUUUCACUAGGAGGACCCUCAGCACCCAGAUUUGAUUUUUGCGAAGUCCCAGGUUUGAGUCUCAUGUGGAUGGACUGGCCAGGCAGCCAUCCUUGCCUCAGGGUAUUUGGGGGUAGCAGUAUAUGCCUUAUUUCACUGAAGACAUGACAUUUGUGACAAUUGUUCCCUGGCCUGGAACCAUUUGACCCACCCUGUAUUUGCUGUAAACCUUACAAUUCAGACCAAAAUACCCGCAUACACAGGGGCCUCUUAAAGUCUCUCUGUGACAGAGUCCCAAGCAGUCAGGGAAGUCGCCAGUGCCAUUCUUAUUGUCUCCUGGGUAAUAGUGCAACCCUCCCUAGAUCUGCUCUGACCUCUUGGUUUAGAAGGAGGAUGAGAAGUGAAGGCCUGGGAAUGUUGGCCUUGCUUAGUGCUCUGAUUCUUCUGUGAGGGUGGAACAGUUCAGCUGUGGAGUUAAGGUCUAGCAGGUGCUGUAGUGAUUCAAUAUCCGGCUGUGGGGCUGGUAGCUGUAUGUAAUUGUCUCUCCUCAUUCAAUGUAAAACUGCUUUCUGCUUUGUCUUUUUUUUAUGUUUGUACAUUAAAAGAUUGACAACCAAACAACUCAUUUGAAGGUGAUCACUCUUGCCCUCCAACGAUAUGGCUACCUCUAUUCUUCGAGCACUUUGCUUUCUGCUGGGAGGCUUGCUGCUCACACCGACCCUGUAAAGUGGAUGUUCCUCUCACUUUACAGAUGAGACUAUUAGGUAACUUGGUCCAAUACAAGGAGUGGCUGGCUCAGGAGCCACAGCACUGUCUGUCUGGCUCUAGAGCCCAGGCUCUUCAGAAGGGACAAGCUUGCCCUUGGAGCACACCUGCUGUGCCGCCUGUCUGUACCAGCCGCUUGUGAUAAUUGCACGUUUUUUCAUCAUACCCUGGCCUCUCCUCCAGCUCCCUUCUCCUUUUGUGCCACAAAAUGGUACAUCUUAGAGUUGGCAGAAUAUAACCUGUUGCUCACUAGAGAAAUCUUCCAGGGCAUGUCCAACAGAUUUCCAUCCCGCCUGUUUUUGGAUAGUUUACCACUUUAUGCAACUAACUGUCCAUUUUCUUGUGUAAUUUUUUCCAGCUUUAUUGAAAUAUAACAGCCAUAAUUUUUUGACUUCCAUUUUGUUGGGGAACAAUGCAAACUAAGAGAAAGUGGGAAGAGGGUUGAGUCUUUUAAAACAAAAACAAUUUAAAAAUCUUUAACUUAAGUAUAUGAUUCCAGAAGUCCAGUCCAGUUAGGAAAGAAGGGCCAUGUAAUGAAGUAGGUCUUCUCACUCCAGAAUCCCAGAGGCCACCACUCUGGGGAGUCUCUGGUCUCUCCUGGCAGAGGCAGCCUGUAUCUGCACAAGCAGGUGUGUAUGUGUGCACACACCGGCCCCUCCAUGAUCAUACAAAUGCGAUCACACAUGAGCUGUGCUGUUCUGCACCUCACUGCUUUGAAUCAACAAUCUACUUUAGAAAUUGCUCCAUAUUGGCAUGUACUAGUGAUUAAAAUAGCAAUUGCUAACACAGAGUGUUUACUACA